AUGAACAAAGGAGUAGAGGGAAAUCAAAUCCAACAUGGUGAAGAAGAGUACUCUUAUAUCAGUGCUGGUGGAGGAGUAAUCAUUACAUUGGCCAUUGUUUUAAUACAGUAUCUCUCGAUUAUCAUCUAUUUGAUGAUGUGUAUAUUUAUGUCUAUAGCCACUUAUAUGGGUUGUCAUCGUGGUCCAUUUGGAAAACAUCCACAUAUUAUAAGAUUUGGAUUUUUACCAGGAUUAUUGGGAUCAGAAUUAUGUUUACAUUUAAUAAUAUUGGUUGGAUCAGUAUCAUUAUUACUUUGGAAAUUUAAUUUAUUUAUUUAUUUUAUUCCAAGGGUUGGAUUAUUGGCACUUUAUCUUCCAAGUAGUUUCUUCCUUUUGAUAACUUAUUUUUCCGGAUUCAAAACUAGAAAAGUUGCUCAAAAUGUAUUAAAUACUUUUUGUGGUACUACUUCUUCCUCUUCAUCUCCAUCUUUAUCAUCAUCUGCAUCAUCAUUGGACAUUAAAAAAAAAUAUGAAUAUCAACCAUCAAACAAAUUAUCCGCAGUCAUCCACAUUAUUCGAAGUGCUCAAAGAGAGGCAUUUUCACUGGUAGAGUCGUUCCUUUUACAAUUUAGAAAACACAAGAAAAAAGACGAGGAUCAUUCAAGUCACGUCCCCAAUCCAAAUCCAUGGUCCAUUUCAUUUUGGCUCAAGAUGUUGAUUCCACUACCCCAUCCACAUUAUCCCAACGUUAGUCGUAUCCGUCAUAUUCCAUAUGGUGAAGAAGCCUACCAAAAGGUUGAUGUCUACUUUCACAAUACCUUCCCAACCAACAGACCUAUUCUUGUACAUAUUCAUGGUGGCGGUUGGAGAGAGGGAGGAGGUAAGAGAAACACUUGCAGUCUGCCACUCAUCUACCAAAUGGCCAACCAAAAGUGGAUAGUUUUCUCGGUUGGCUACCGUCUUGCACCAAACCAUCGUUUCCCAACCCACAUCAACGACGUCAAGAGAGCCAUCACAUGGGUGCGUGAAAAUGCCGUUCACUAUGGAGGUGACAUUGACUGUAUGUUUCUUGCUGGCGGUAGUGCAGGUGGUCACUUGGCGACUCUAGUUGCCUUGACCGAUGGAAUUGAAUUUAAAGAUUUUAAAUCUUCAAUCCCUUCCAAACCAAUGUCUCCCGACCUAUUCAACUUUGGUCCAGAUGGAGCUGAUCUCCCCUCCUCGACAGAGACUACUACUGACCAACAACCAAAACCUCUAGAGGAAGAGUUGGAAGAAAAUAUAAAUAUCAAUAUGAAUAGUUUAAAUAUGGAAGCAAAGACCAAGAAACAGUAUCCACCAUUUAGAGGAUGUGUUUCAUUGUAUGGUGUAUAUGAUUUUACUAAUCGACACAAUCAGUGGCCAUUUGAUUUGGUUACUUAUUUGGGCAUGAUGAUUAUGCGUAAUACCUAUGACCAAGAACCACACAUCUAUUCCAUGGGCUCGCCAUACGACCAAGUCAAAGAGACCUCCAACACACCAUUCUUUUUUAUUCAUGGUGAUAUGGAUGAAUUGGUUCCAAUCGAAGAGUCAAUACACUUGAUGAACAAAAUGAAGCAAGUCGUCAACAAACCAAACAUCACUUGGAUGGAAGUACCCGGUGGUCACCAUGCCUUUGAUCUCGUCUUUAGUCCUCGUACCAUAUUUGCAGUUCAUGGAGUCUAUAGAUUCCUAAACAAACUUUAUCGUCAACAUGUUUCCGACAAACUUUUGGAAAGAAGACAAUCCAAACAACGUUCAAAAUUAUCUGACAACAAUAGUAAUAAUAAUGGUCUGCACAUCAACAGUAUCAACAAUAGUAAUAUUACAACAAAUAUUUUACCAACUUUAAAUUUAAAUUCACCAAUUGUUUCAAGUCAUUUCGAACCACCAAUACCACUUCCAAUUCCAAUUUUGACAAAACAAUAA